AUGGGAGACAUACAGCAAGAUACAUCUGCCAGCCGAUCACCGGAGCCCAGCCUCUCUAGCAGAGUCAAAGACAAUCUUCAACCAGACAAGCUAGGUGAGAUACGAGCCUACUGUUAUUACAAACAGUACGAUCCCAAUACAAACCCUGAUGGAAUUGUCGCUCUUGCAAUCGCGGAAAACAAGUUGAUGAGAAAUGAAAUCACGCAACACAUCAACGAUAAUUUUCUUAUCACACCGUGGCACUUGACGUACGGUGAAGGCCCAGUCGGGACAGCAGCCUUAAGGAAGGAACUCACUUCCUAUGUCAACCAGGUCUUCAAACCAUACAUGCCCGUGGAGGACUACCAUAUCUGCAUGUGUAAUGGCGCCGGCAAUGCAGUCCAUAACCUGGCCUUUUGUGUUGGCGAACCUGGAGACGGCAUAUUACUCUCCAAGCCACUUUACACGGGCUUCCUCUCGGACAUUGAAGCAGGGGCAAAGAUCAAAGUUGUGCAAGUUCCAAUGGAAGGCGUCGAUCCAGCGAGCCCAGAAGCGGCAAAAAAGUUUGAAGAGACUCUGCUAGAAAGUGAACGAGCUGGUACUCGAAUUCGGGCAAUAUUGAUACCCAAUCCGCACAAUCCACUCGGUCGGCCUUAUAACGAGGAGGCUUGGAUAGCAUUUCUGAGGCUGUGCAGCAAGUAUAACAUCCAUCUGAUCUCGGACGAAGUAUAUGCGCAGUCCUGGUUUCCAAGCGAUGACUUCCCUAAACCACCGCUGUUCACGAGCAUCCUCAGUUUGGAUCUGGAGAAGUACAUCAAUCCAGCACUGGUCCAUGUUAUAUACGCCAUGAGCAAGGAUUUCUGUGCCAAUGGCAUCAGGAUAGGAUGUCUCAUCUCACCUUUCAAUCCCGAAAUGAUAUCAGCAUUCAAAUCGAUUACUGGAUUCACUCGACCCAGCCAGCUGGCCGAACAAGUCUGGUUGAACCUACUCAAAGACAGACCAUAUCUAGAAGAUUACUUCCCAGAACUACGGAGACGAAUGGCAGACUCUUAUGCUUAUACAACCAACAGGUUCAAAGAGUACGGCAUCCCUUACACUGCAGCUUGCUUCAGUCCUUGCCUGUGGAUAGACCUGAGCCGAUACCUUGAAGAUGACUCCGAAGAAGCCGAACUGGCACUCGCGUGGCGACUCGUCAAGGCCAAGGUCUGGGUCGCCAUGGGUGCGAUAUUCGGAUCGGAGAAACAUGGAAACUAUCGAAUCACCUUCGCCACCCCGCGUGAAGAAUUGGCGUUGGGCCUGGAUCGAAUGUUUGAGGUGUUGGAUGGCAUACGUAGGCCGUGA